AUGGAGAAUACGGUUCAUGAGGUGGAGAGUCAAGGUGUUCAAUCAUACAUAUUGGAUCUUAGAAACAAUCCAGUAAGUCUCUUUUAUGUGGAUCUGCUUGAUUUGUUCAAUGAGGUUGAAUUUCAAACUGCCUCAGGACAGAUGAUAGAUUUAAUUACCACUAAUGAAGGAGAAAAGGAUUUGUCAAAAUACUCAUUACCACUUCACCGCCGCAUUGUUCAGUACAAGACUGCCUACUACUCAUUUUACCUUCCAGUUGCAUGCGCAUUGCUCAUGGCUGGUGAGGACCUAGACAACCAUGUAACCGUGCAAAACGUGCUUAUUGAUAUGGGAAUCUACUUUCAAGUACAGGAUGACUACUUAGAUUGCUUCGGUGAGCCUGAAAAGAUUGGGAAGAUUGGAACAGAUAUUGAAGAUUUGGGAUUCUUUUUUUCAAUUAUAAAAUAAUAUUCGGAAAUUUUA